UGGAGAGCUUCCUCUAGAUGGGACUCAGGAUACACUUGUCGACGUCUUAACACAAUCUUGAAUUAAUUAAAGACAACGCGUAUCAGACACGUGGAGUCCAAACUAAGCGACACGGAUAAAUCCAAUACAUCGUGUGUGUACUACGCCCAGAAACUGUGUUCACUGUCACUCUGCGUCAAACCAAAGCAAGAAACCGCAUGAGAUCUUCUUCUUCCAUUCCCUUCUUUCUCUUCCUCUUCUGCGCCCUCUUCACUCUUCCACGAUCAUCUGCUGUCUGUUCCGAAUACGAUCACGUGUCAAUGGCCACCAAGCUCGGAGGCAUCCGCGAUUCCCAAGGGUUUCAGAACUCCCUCGAAAUCGACGCCCUUGCCCGUUUCGCCGUCGAUGAGCACAACAACAAACAGAAUGCGCUUCUGGAGUUUGGAAGGGUGGUGAAAGCACAGGAACAGGUUGUUGCUGGUUCCAUGCAUCAUCUUACUCUUGAGGCCAUUGAUGGGGGUGAAAAGAAGAUCUAUGAAGCCAAGGUCUGGGUGAAAUCCUGGUUGAACUUCAAAGAACUCCAAGAGUUCAAGGAAGUUGCUGGUGAUGCACCAUUGUUUACCACUUCAGAUCUUGGUGUCAAAAAAGAUGGCCACAAACCAGGAUGGCAAUCUGUGCCCAUAGACGACCCUCAAGUUCAGGAUGCAGCAAAUCAUGCUAUCAAGACCAUCCAGCAGAGGUCUAAUUCACUAGUGCCCUAUGAGCUUCAUGAGGUUGCUGAUGCCAAGGCCGAGGUUAUCGAUGAUGUUGCCAAGUUUAAUAUCCUUCUCAAGCUCAAGCGUGGGGAGAAGGAAGAGAAGUUCAAGGUAGAGGUACACAAGAAUAAUGAAGGGAGCUUCCACCUAAAUCAGAUGGAACAAGAUCAUUCCUAAUCCUGAUUUGAAGCUUGAUCAUAUGGAAGCAACUAGCAAAAUGUAGGAGACCCGGUUGACUUCUACAUUUGUACUUUAUCUUGAUGUAUGGAUGUAUGUAUGACUCACAUAAAUAGUACUUAUCUGAUAUUGCUCGUAUUAUUUAGAGUAUGUAUGUGUUUGUAUAAAUGUUGGGUGAAUGUAAAUUUUUACCCAAUUCAACCCCUCA